UUCUGUUGCGGGGGCGGCCACCGGCCAGUUCCAUGGCCGCCGUGCUUUUCCUCCCCGCGAACCCAAACCCUCCGCCUAACACCACAUCGUCCCCCCGCCCGCCGCGGCCGUCCACUUCCGGCAGGCUCCACUCCCGUCCCCGCCUAGUCCCCCGUCGCGCCAGCGCCCGCGCCCGAACCCAUCUCCCCGCCGCGUUCGGGAGGGGGUCGCCCGCAGCGGCGGCGGCGGCGGCCGAGCGCGGAGGGAAGGACUACUACUCCACGCUGAACAUCCGCCGCGACGCCACCCUGAGGGAGGUCAAGAGCGCGUACCGGAUCCUCGCGCGCAAGUACCAUCCAGACAUGAACAAGAGCCCUGGGGCAGAAGAAAAAUUUAAGGAGAUAAGUGCUGCAUAUGAGUUUCUUUCGGAUGAAGAGAAAAGAUCUUUGUAUGAUCGAUUUGGAGAAACAGGACUUCAUGGAAAUCAUGGAGGUGGAGAUUUCGGUGCACAUGAGGUUGACCCAUAUGAACUCUUCAAUGCAUUCUUCGGUAGUUCUGACAAGAUUUUUGGGGGCAUGGGUCCAGGGCGAUUUCAUUACAGUUCAAAUGUCAAGGAUAACAGGGGGCUUGAUAUUCGCUAUGAUCUUCUCAUUCCUUUUAAAGAAUCAAUCCUUGGAUGCAAACGGGAGAUCAGUAUUUUUCGUCAUGAAACAUGUGGCACUUGCCAUGGAUCUGGAGGUAAAUCCAAUAGCAUAACAGAAUGUACACAAUGCAGAGGUCAAGGCAGGUCGAUGAAGUCUCAGAAGACACCUUUUGGUAUAGUAUCUCAGAUAUCUUCUUGCUUAAAUUGUGAUGGCAGUGGUAAGAUAAUUACUGAACAUUGCACAAGGUGCUAUGGUUCAGGCAAAGUCAAAGUUGAACGAAGUAUAGAAGUAGAGAUACCUGGAGGUAUACAGGAUGGCUCAGCCAUUCGAAUUACUGGAGGAGGUAGUGUUGAUAAGCAAAGGGGUGUCAGUGGUGACUUGUAUAUAUCUGUUUGUGUUAAAGAAAGAGAAGGAAUCCACAGAGAUGGUCUCAAUUUGUACUCCAAUGUCACGAUUGAUUACACUGAUGCAAUUUUAGGAACUACAGUAAAGGUUGAGACAAUAGAAGGAUGGAAGGAUCUUUAUAUUCCUCCUGGAAUUCAGCCUGGAGAGAAGUUGAAAUUUGCACUGCUGGGAGCUCCUGACAUUAAGAGGCCUAGCCAUAGAGGAGAUCACAACUUUGUUAUAAAGGUGAAGAUCCCGAAGAAUAUCAGUGACCAGGCGCGUUCACUAGUUGAAGAGCUUGCUGCAAUAAAGGGAACUCCGAGUAUUUCAGUUCCUGAUGAUGACAACGUAAACCGAGGAAACUUGAAUAAGAGAAGUCAUCAUUCUUCGGCGAGGAAGACACUAUCGUUUUGGGGAUCCGUCAGGAAUCUUUUCGGGUACAUGGGUGAUGGAGGGGAUCAGAGAUUUGCUUCAAUCAGUGCACAGUCUGUUAUUCCACGAUGGACUUCUCAACAAGGAAUACAUCCGGCUGCCCGAUUGUUAGAAGGAUGCUUCAUGAUCACAACACUCAUAUUCGUUAUAAGCAGAAGGGGUAAAUUCAGGAUUUGCACGAAGUAUGAUCGCGCAACCAAAGCUGAACAAGCUGAAGAUGGAGGGUGAAGUUGUGUAAAGCUGUUCGUUGGACGUUAACAGUGUAACAGGUUGGAAUCCGGUUGCAUGAUCUUGGUCGGACAGAUCGGUGAUUAUAGUUUUUGCACCCGCCAGCUUUGCUACUGUAGGGGAAAGACGGGAAAGUUGAUGUACUAGGCUUUAUUAAGUGGAAUAGAACAACACAUUUGUACUAGACUGAUACUCAUGACUUGAACAAGUUACAACAUGUGAGAGA